AUGGGUUUAGCAAUGGAAGUUGCAAAUCAGAUUAACACAAUCACUUGGUUUAAUUGCAGACUGGCAAAAGAAAAAGUUACGUAUGAAAAAGAAGCAAAACAGCAAGAAGAAAAGAUUGAAAAAAUGAAAGCUGAAGCACGUGAUGAUUAUGGAAUUAAGAAGCAGAUCGAGAUCUUGCAAGAGUCACGGAUGAUGAUUCCAGACUGCCAGCGCAGAUUAGAAGUUGCACAUGCAGAUCUUACUCAACUACUAGAAAAUGAAAAAGAAUUGGAAGAAGCUGAAGAGUAUAAAGAAGCACGUUCCAUACUGGAGUCUGUGAAGCUGGAAGCCUAGAAGUUUUUCAGUACUCUCUUUAUAUGCAUUAGCACUGGCUAAUUCAUAUUCAUAUUCAUAAAUUCCACACAUUCAUUUUAUUAUGGCUCUAUUGUUGACUUGCUAAGGUUCCUUUUAUGCAAAUUAUCCUUUCUCUAACUGCCAAGAUCUAACAAAUAAAAGGAUAUUCUGAAACA